AUGGCCGCCAAGACAGAAUCAGCAAUAUACACCCACGGCCACCACGCCUCCGUCGUGCGCUCGCACAGCUGGCGAACAGCUAAGAACUCCAUCGGCUUCCUCCUCCCCCAUCUGAAGCCUGACAUGAAAAUCCUUGACAUCGGCUGCGGGCCGGGCACAAUCACCAUCGACGUAGCAUCCUACGUGCCGCAAGGUCACAUCACGGGCCUGGAGCGAGCGGGCGGAAUCCUGAGCCAAGCGCGCGCACUCGCGGAAGAAAAGGGCGUGACGAAUAUUGAUUUUGUCGAGGGCGAUGCGAAUGCGCUGUCUUAUGGGGAUGAUACUUUUGACGUGGUAUUUUGCCACCAGGUCCUGCAGCACGUCGGGGAUCCAGUCGGUAUGCUCGCGGAAAUGAAGCGUGUCACGAAGCCGGGCGGGAUAGUUGCGGCGAGGGAGGCGGAUUACGGCGUUUUCGUGUGGUAUCCUGAGUUGCCGGGCCUUAAGGAUUGGCAGGAUAUGUAUGACCGUGUUGCGCGGCGGAAUGGUGGCGAGCCGAAUGCGGGGCGUGUACUGCAUGCUUGGGCUCGGAAGGCUGGCUUUAGUGACGUGCAAUGCAGUUGCACGAUGUGGUGCUAUGCUAGUCCGGGGGACGUCAAGUGGUGGAGCGAAUCGUGGGUUGAACGGGCAGUGGCGUCGUCGUUUGCGACCACCGCGAUUGAGCAUGGGUUGGCGACGAAGGAGGAUCUGCAGAAGAUCUCGCAGGCUUGGGAGGAAUGGGGGCAGGAUGAGGAUGCGUGGAUAUCUAUUCCAAGUGCGGAAAUUGUGUGCACUAAGUCGUAG